AUGUCUGAACACCAUGCCGAUGAUGUUCUGGCCGAGGAGAACCGUGAUGAGUCUGUUGCCUCAAAGCACUCCGGCAGCCAACGCACUAAUAGCUCAUCAAGUUCCCGUAACUCACACCUAUCCGGUCUUAGUGAUAAGGAUGCAGCUAAGAUGCGAACACUCAGAAGAAGAAUUCGUCUUAAUGAGCUGGAGUGCCAACUCCAGGAAGAUCAGACCGCUGAUGAGCAACUUUGUAAACUUGACGAGCAGGCCCGCUCUGCCCGACUAAGAGCUGAAGAAGUGGAGCGACAGGCGUUGCGAGAGCGUGAGGCCCUCACCUCCAAAUUAUCCCGUCAACGCAGAGUGCGGAUUGCUCGUCAAGAACUCUUGGAGGCUGAAGCCAUCAGUGCCAUGUUGAAUAACGAAUCAUCAUCAUCACCAUCACCAUCACAUCCUUUAAUGGGUACAGACGAUCAGUUACCCCCACAGAGUGCAUCCUCAACUCCACAACCAGACAUGCAGCAAACAUCCACAAGUGUUUCAUCCUCUGUUUGUCAUGGUAUUCAAAGUGCUCCACUUGUGACAUCUCACCCAGACAUUCAGCAAGCACCCCCAUGUGUUUCCUCCUCUGUCUGUCAUCCGACUCCAUCUGGUGCCCCAUCCUCGACCUCACCACCGGACAUUCAGCAAACACUACCCUGUGUUUCGACCUCUGUUUGUCAUGGUGCCCCAGUGAGUGCGACCUUACCCGCAUCAGUGGUAACCAGUGAUGUCACUCCAAGACAAGGCAUUCCUACUCCAGGGACUUGUCCUCCGCACUUGCCAUACCCAAUGGCUUCUGUACCCUCCUUAACGGUGUCAUCAGCACCAACCGUUAUGGAUCUCCUUGUUGCAUCAUCACACGGGAUCCCCAAACCUACCCUGCCAAAGUUUUCUGAUGGGAAGGAGAAAGAAUUCGCCCUCCUCAAGCUGGCUUUGGUGAACCUCAUUGAUGUGCAUCCCCAUCUUUCCGAACAGUAUAAGUUCCAAAUACUGAUCGACAGACUUGGUGGUCGAGCAUUAAAGCUUGCCAAGUCAUUCCUGUACGCCAGUCAACCGUACACCCAGGCCCUCCAAGCCCUCACUGACAAGUAUGGACAACCCAGACAACUCGUGCAGAGUGAAAUUGGAGCCAUCAUGUCCACUCCUUCAAUCAAGUAUGGAGAUACAGAUGCAUUUGAUGACUUUUCUCUUGAUGUUCUGUCACUCGUUGGAAUGCUUCAAGCCUUGGAGGGCGCAGAGGGAGUUGAACUUCGAUGUGGAUCACAUGUCGAUCAUCUGCUGGGAAAACUGGCCCCCUCUCACCGAAACAGUUUCAUGGAGCAUUGCCUGAAGAAGGGCAUACUGGAACCAAACAGCAGCAAGACAUACACCUUGCCCCAGUUUGCAGAGUGGCUUCGCACAAAGUCACAGUCCCAGAGCUUCGCAAGUAGAGCUGUAUCAAGUCACAUCUCAGCAGGCUCUAAACCAACCCACCAACAAAGCCAGCACCGAGCCCCAAAGAAGGAGGUUUCCACAACUGUGUUCAUGGCCUCACCGAACACAAAGGACAAACCCAAGUUCAAGCCUAAACCAUACUGUCCCUACUGUGACAACAAGGAGCACUUCCUCGGUGGCUGCCCAGAGAUCAAGAAGUUGAGCACCGACCAGAUCAUCCAAUGGAUCAAAGACAAGGGACGUUGUUGGAAAUGUGGGCGAACCCAUAAGCCAGAGGACUGCACAUUGAAAAAGCCUUGUCAUACCUGCAAGGAAAUCCACCUCACUGUACUACAUGAUGCCGCCAAGAAGGCAACCAGUCAUGUGUAUAGGCUCAAGACGUCCAACCAAGCAGUCUUCGUGGACAAACCAACUCGUCCCCACAACGUCAUGCUCAAGAUUCUCCCAGUUACCCUCCAUGGUCCAGGGGGAUCCAUCGACACAUAUGCCAUACUGGAUGACGGUUCUGAAAGAACCAUGCUACUCCAGUCAGCAGCUGCCAGACUCAAGCUUCAUGGCAAUCCAGAGACUAUGUUGCUCAGGACUGUUCGUGAAGACAUUGUUGAAUGUCAAGGCCAGUCUUGUACCUUCCAGAUGUCAGCUAGAGACAAACCUGAAGUGAUGUACACUGUAACUGGAGCCUUCUCGGCCAGUAACUUGUGCCUGUCCCAGUACACAUAUCCUGUUGAAGAUCUGCAACACCGCUACUCCCAUCUCCGUCACCUUCAGUUGCCCGUAAUCAAUAAUGCUUCUCCACAGGUCCUCAUUGGAUCUGAUCAGGCGGAUCUCAUCGUGGCAAGACAUCCAAUCAAGUCUGGCACACGUGGAGCUCCAGUUGCCAUCAACACUAAGCUGGGUUGGACCCUCCAGGGACCUGCUGGAAACCAGAAGCAGAUGAAAGAACAGAAGGUUUACAAAACUUCUCUGUUUCCACAAACUACCGACAUCAUGCAGCACGUGGAGAGGUUGUGGCAGGCUGAUGUGCUACCGUACCUGAAUGACAAGCAAGCUACCCGCUCUAAGCAUGAUCAGCAGGCAGUCCAGAUGCUUGAGACCUCAACUCAACGCGUUGAAGUCAACGGGAUACGGCGCUACGCCACACCGCUCCUGAGGCAAAGGGACGAGACGAAAUUCCAUGCCCCGAAAGAGGCAGUGCUACCGACUCUGAAGGGGACCGAGAAGAGACUCGACAAAUACCCACAGCUUGCUCAGAAACACAACGAGCUAAUCGCCAGGUUGGUCGAUGCGGGUCACGUGAGGAUCUUGCCAAAGGAUGAAGCAGACAAGUCCGAAGAAUCCUGGUUCAUCCCACACCAUACCGUAUACCACAACGGAAAGUAUCGACUAGUAUUCAACUGCUCCUUCCGGUACAACAACCAGAUCCUUAAUGAGCACCUUCUGCCAGGGCCAACACUUGGUGCAUCACUCAUAGGUGUACUACUCCGCUUCAGACAACACGCAGUAGCAAUCUCAGGAGACAUCAAGGCGAUGUUUCAUCAAGUACGCCUCCUACCAGAAGACCGAUGCCUCUUCCGAUUCCUGUGGCGCAACCUACAAGUCGACAAAGAGCCAGACAUCUACGAAUGGCAGGUGCUUCCCUUUGGCUCGACUUGUAGUCCCUGCUGUGCUACCUAUGCUCUGAGAAAGCACGCCUUUGACCAUGAGAAGGACUAUCCAGAAGUUGCAAAGGCAGUCGACAAGUCCUUCUACGUUGACAACUGCUUGCAGAGUCUACCAGUCGAAACAGAUGCCAAAGCCCUUGUCCAGAAGAUGCGAAACCUGCUUGCUGACGGUGGGUUUGAAAUACGACAGUGGGCCAGCAACGUUCCUGCUGUAGUAGAAGAUCUCCCACCAGAUGCCCGUUCUGAUGGCUGUGAGCUGUGGUUAACCUUCGGGGAGACAAAUUCCACUGAAGGCACACUCGGAAUGUUGUGGGAAUGCAGUUCAGAUGCCCUGCUGUACCGCCACAGACCCAUCAGCUAUGACUGCCUCAACAUGAGGAAUAUGUAUAAGAUCCUCGCGAGCCAGUACGACCCUAUAGGGUACCUAACCCCAUUUACAGCCCGAGCGAGAGUCAUUGUCCAAGACCUGUGGAAGACGAAGCGCAACUGGGAUGAUCCACUUGAGCCGGGUGAUAUCAGAGACCAGUGGCAAGCCUGGGAGAGUGAACUUCCCCACCUGACUGGAGUGAAGCUUAACAGAUGCUACACACCACCAAAUGUCAAGACAGAGGCUGCCCAUCGCCAACUUCACAUUUUCUGUGAUGCAUCGGAGAGAGUUUACGGAGCUGUGGCUUACAUCCGAACAGAAGAUGAAGAUCACAACGUCCAUGUUAGCUUCAUCAUGGCCAGGUCCCGUGUUGCCCCCAAACGGCAACUCUCAAUGCCUCGUCUAGAGCUCUCUGCAGCCUUAGCCGGUGCCCAAUUAGCUGAUCUUGUCCAGAAAGAGUUGACUCUUCCUCUUGAUGAAGUCAUCCUGUGGAGUGACUCGACUACUGUGCUCACCUGGCUGCAAUCAGAAUCCUGCCGGUAUAAAGUGUUCGUUGGCACCCGUGUCGCAGAAAUACAGACCCUGACCGAUGUUGACAAGUGGCGGUAUGUCGACACCAAGAACAACCCCGCAGAUGACCUUACGAGAGGCAAAACCCUGGUUGACCUCAGCCAAGCCAACAGGUGGAGAGAUGGUCCUUCUUUCCUCUGGUUGUCUCCUGACACAUGGCCAGCUCACCCGUCUACACAGACAGAAGACCCAUCUGAGUUCAAGAAGUCAACCUUCUGCGGUGCUGUGGUCGUCAUUCAGCCCAAUUUACCUGAUCCAUCCGAACAUGACACCUGGAGUGACCUUGUUGCAGCUACCAUGCAGCAUCUUCAUGGGGCGGCCGAGGAUGCUGAUCCUACCAAGUUGGUUGAACAACGGGUAGAAGCCGAGAUGUUUCUUUAUCAGCGUGCUCAACAAGAUUCCUUCCCAGAGGAGAUUGCUUGCAUCCAAGCAGGCAAAGAGCUCCCCCGUGGUAGCAGACUCCUGCAGCUUGCUCCAGAGUAUGACGAAUCUUGCGGCCUCAUCCGAGUGGGAGGACGUCUUCGUCGUACCCAAGAUCUACCCAAAGACACCAAGCAUCCCAUCGUGAUGAAUCCAGCUCAUCCCAUAACAAAGCUUAUCAUCCGUGACUACGAUGAGAAGUUGCUCCACUACGGACCUGAGCGCAUCCUGGCAGAGAUCCGACGUAAGUUUUGGAUACUACGCGGAAGAGAAGCAAUCCGAAAGCAUCAACGCCAGUGCUUCGAAUGCCAGAAGUGGAGAGCUAGCCCUCAAGUUCCGAAGAUGGGAGAUUUGCCUCCAGCACGCCUCCGCCUCUUCAAGCCUCCCUUCUACUCAACAGGGGUAGACUGUUUCGGUCCAAUGACGUGCAAGAUUGGGAGAAGGAGCGAGAAGCGUUGGGGGAUCAUAUUUAAAUGUAUGACCACCAGGGCCAUUCACCUUGACCUACUAGACAGCCUCGAUACUGACGCGUUCUUGAUGGCCUUUAGACGGUUCAUCUCCAGAAGAGGGAAACCAUUCGAGAUCCUGUGCGACUGUGGCACUAAUUUCAAAGGAGGUGAUAAUGAGCUACGAGACGCCUUUGCUGCCAUGGAUCCCAUCUUACAGCAGGAGCUUGCCAAGCACCAGGUUAAGUUUGUGUUUAACCCUCCGAAGGCUCCACACUUUGGAGGAACCUGGGAACGGGAGAUCAAGUCCGUGAAAGAUGGCCUGAGAGUUGCCCUGAAUGAGCAGUCCGUCCCUGAGUCAGUACUUCGCACCGUGCUCAUUGAAGUUGAGGGAAUCUUAAAUUCCAAGCCUCUUGGGUAUGUCUCAUCUAAUGUUGCAGAUCCCGAUCCAGUCACUCCAAACCUUCUGCUGAUGGGGCGGCAUGAUGCGACUCUCCCUCAGGUUGUCUAUCCUGCAAGGGAUCUACUUGGCAGACGACGCUGGAAGCAUAGUCAGGUCCUCACUGAUCACUUUUGGUCCGGGUUCGUCAAAUCCUACUUGCCGACUCUCCAGGAGCGCCAGAAGUGGCAUACCGACCGUCCGAACCUGACCACCAAUGAUGUCGUUAUGAUUGUCGACCCAGCACUCAGCAGAGCUCAGUGGCCCAUCGGAAGAGUUGCAGAGACCUUUCCGGGUUCCGACGGUCGUGUCCGCACUGCCAGCGUGAGCGUUCGAGGUAAAACCUACACUCGCCCAGUGGCACGACUGAUUAGGCUUCCGGAGGUCAGUGACGACAACCUACCCGAUGGUGAACCCGACAACACCUAA